ACCUCAACCGGGCAGAACCCGCGCCACUGCACCACGGACACACCGGAGCACGCAGAAGCCACGGACGGUCCCGAUAAGGAUUGUUAUUUGUACACAGGACUCUAAGGAAGCUCGUUAGGUUUAUUCCGGACCGGGACUAACGGGAAAGACGGUGCCGUUUCACACUUUAACGGACUCGCUCAAGUUUUGGCCAGGCGCGUCUAAACUCCUAUAAGCUCGUGCUGGAUUUCCGCGCUCCCGUGAAUCGGUGGGAUUUUUACCGAUAGUGUCAUCAUGACUCGGUUCGGCUCCGGGCUCGCGCUGCUGGCGCUCGCGUUUGGGCUCGCGCACGCGUUCGGGGACGAGGAGGAGAUGAGCUGCGACCCGAUCCGCAUCUCCAUGUGUCAGGAUCUCGGAUACAAUGUGACAAAGAUGCCGAACCUGGUGGGAAACGUGCUGCAGUCCGACGCCGAGCUGCAACUCACCACAUUCACACCGUUAAUACAGUACGGCUGCUCGAGCCAGCUGAAGUUCUUCUUAUGCUCUGUCUAUGUUCCCAUGUGUACGGAGAAGGUCCCCAUCCCGAUCGGACCGUGCGGCAGCAUGUGCUUAUCUGUUAAGAGGAAGUGUCUUCCCGUCCUGCAGGAUUUUGGUUUCGUGUGGCCGGAGCUCUUGAACUGCAGCUUGUUCCCGCCCACCAAUGACCAGAACCACAUGUGCAUGGAGGGUCCAGGCGACGAGGACCCGCCGUUCCACGCCGUCCGGCCGAUGCCGCCGCAGGAGGAGGAGUGCAUGGCGCUGGGUGCCGGCGUGGAGCAGUAUGCAUGGGUCAAGCGCAGCGGCAGCUGCUCGCUGCAGUGCGGAUACGACUCAGGAUUGUACCGGCGACAGGCCAAAGUCUUUACUGACGUGUGGAUGGCAGUGUGGGCGGUUCUCUGCUUCAUCUCCACCACGUUCACCGUCCUGACCUUCCUAGUGGAUUCCUCGCGGUUUUCCUACCCGGAGCGACCUAUUAUUUUCCUCAGCAUGUGCUGCAAUAUUUACAGCGUGGCCUACAUCGUGCGGCUGACCGUCGGUCGCGAACGCAUCUCCUGCGACUUGGAAGAAGCGGCUGUGCCUGUGCUAGUGCAAGAAGGCUUGAAGAACACAGGCUGUGCCAUAGUCUUCCUCCUAACGUAUUUCUUCGGCAUGGCGAGUUCAAUCUGGUGGGUGAUCCUGACGCUCACGUGGUUCCUGGCGGCAGGGCUGAAGUGGGGACAUGAGGCUAUCGAAAUGCACAGUUCAUACUUCCACAUCGCAGCUUGGGCCAUUCCUGCCAUCAAAACCAUCGUCAUCCUCAUCAUGAGGCUGGUGGACGCUGAUGACCUCUCUGGGAUGUGCUACGUGGGCAAUCAGAACCUAGACGCGCUCACUGGUUUCGUAGUGGCGCCGCUAUUUACGUACUUGGUAAUUGGGACGCUGUUUAUUGCCGCGGGCUUGGUCGCGCUGUUCAAGAUCCGCUCGAAUUUGCAAAAGGAUGGGACGAAGACGGACAAGCUAGAGCGGCUGAUGGUUAAAAUUGGUGUGUUUUCAGUGCUCUACACAGUGUUGGCCACUUGCGUCAUUGCGUGUUACUUCUACGAAAUCUCCAAUUGGGCUGACUUUCGCCAGUCGGCGAGGGAUUCGUACAUGGCUGCCGAAAUGCUGCGGAUUUUUAUGUCUCUGCUGGUAGGAAUCACGUCGGGAAUGUGGGUUUGGUCCGCCAAAACGCUUCACACGUGGCAGCGAUGUUCCCAUCAACUCGUGCACACUGGCCGAAACAAUCGCGUCAAACGGACUGCCAACGGCUGGGUCAAAGGCAACGAGACGGUUGUGUGACAAAGAGACAGAGGUAGCACUAUCGUUUGUUCACUUUACGUGAAAUGUUCUUAAGAUGAUUUUACACUGGACGUUCCUGGUGCAGCGGUUGUUCCGUGUAAAUAUGCACUACGUCAAAAUCUCACUGAAGUGCCUUCGUGUUUGUGGACGAGCUACUCCACCGAUUCUGGGAAAGCGAUCAGCACCGUUUACCUCGCAACACGUCACAGCUGCAGGAAUGCUUACGAGAUUUGUUAACGCUACGUUCACAUUCUGUUGGAUAAGCGAAAUAUUAAAGCAGAAAGUGUGCAAUGGCAUGUCAGAAGUAUGUGUAGAGGUUGCUAACCAACUUUAACCGUUGACAUUUUCUUGUAAUUUAACGUCUUGCAUGAUGUCAGUAAAGCUCAAGCGAGUUUUUGUGAAAUGGUUUUUACAGGUCGGAAAUUCAACUAAACGUGAACGCAUUAUAGCAGAGAUUUCCUUCACUAUUUAGAGAUUCUAUUUUUGAUAUGAAAAGCUAUGAUGGGACUUUUUGUUUUGGUUUAUUUGUGCUGUCCGACACACAUUCACUCUCGUGACAAUCACUGACCGUGCUGAUGAAUGUAUUGGCCGAUGAUAAACUCUUUAACUUUAAAUAAGUGCCUCAAAAACUCAAAUGCAGGUGGUACAGUCCUGGAUUUCAUGUAGGACUUCUGGAUCGAUUUUUGUACAUAAACUGAUGUUUGUAGGUGUAAUGUGUAAUUUUUAAUGUCUAAUGAAAUGCUAAUUUAUCUAAGAAACUGAACCAAAAUACAUUUAUUUAAGAAUGCUUUUGUAUCAAAUGAAAAAUUAAAA